AUGAUGACUUCGACUACCGACCGGAAGUCUGUCGAUAUCUCCGAGAACAGCGUUCAUUCUCCGGUGGCCGAUGAGAAGCAUACGUUCGAUCCUACGCUUUCUGUUGUCGAUUCCGAAGAAGGCGACGAGGCGCUUAAGCUCGUCGGAAAGGAGAGAACUGCAGAGUUCAGCGAGGAAUAUAACAGGAAGUUACGUCGCAAGUUGGAUUUAUUAAUCAUUCCGCUAUGUGCAGCGGUCUAUUUCACACAAUUCUUGGACAAGACUUCGCUAAAUUAUGCAAGCAUCAUGGGAUUGCCUAUCACCGGACAGCGCUACAACUUGGUCUCUUUGGCAUUCUAUCUUGGGUUCUUCGUAUGGGAGUUCCCGACCGUAUAUAUUUCGCAGAAAUUGCCCGUUGCCAAGUAUCUCGGGGCUAAUGUUGUCAUCUGGGGUAUCAUCUUGAUGUUGCACUCAGUCGCUUCGAACUUUGGCGGGUUCUUCGCACUGCGUUUCCUCUUGGGAAUGUGCGAAUCUUGCGUCGCACCCAUUUUAAUUCUUAUCAUCUCAAUGUUCUACAAGAAGAAUGAGCAGGGAACUCGGGUCUCCUGGUUUUACACGAUGGUACGACUUACUCAGAUAUUUGGUGGCUUUGUCGCUUAUGGGGUGUCGUACUCUCAUGACCCGCAUUUGGCACCGUACAAGAUCAUCUAUCUCCUCCUUGGGGGUUUAGCUAUCCUUGUCGGUGUCGCAGUCAUCAUCUUUCUGCCCGAUUCUCCUGUACAUGCCCGACUCCUCACAAAGGAGGAGCGCAUCGCAGCCAUCGAGCGGGUUCGCGACGACCAAGGCGGUACCGAGAACAAGAAGUGGAAAAAAGACCAGAUCUUGGAGGCGUUGACCGAUGGACGAACUUGGCUCAUAGUUUUGUCUACGAUGCUCACGAGCAUUCCCAACGGUGGAUUAAGCAAUUUCAGUAAUAUCAUUAUUAAGAGCUUCGGUUACACUUCGAAGCAAACUUUGAUUCUUUCUACUCCUGCGGGCGCGGUUGCUGCAUUCACCACUCUGUUCUGUGGAUGGUAUUCGGACAAGAGAAAUGAACGAAUGGUUCCUAUCGUAUUCGCCUUGUUACCGACUAUCGUUGGCGCCGCGAUGCUCACUGGCUUGAACCACUCGAAAAAGCAGGGAGCACUAUUGUUCGCGGUGUAUCUCAUUGGUACCUUCGGGAGUGCUCUAUCGUCCAUUUAUGCAUAUAACGCCAGCAACACGAGUGGCCAUACCAAGAAGAACACGGUUAAUGCGCUUACUUUGGCCACCUUCAGUGUCGGUAACAUCAUUGGAACGGAAAUCUUCCAACCCAAAGAUGCCCCGGGAUAUAUUCCCGGCAAGGUUGCUAUCAUGGUGCUCAUGGUCGUUCAGCUCUUCGUAUGUUUCCUCCUACGUUGGAUCAACGUGCGACUGAACGCCAAGAGGCGCGCGAGGCUCGAGGAGGAGAAGGCUAGGCAUGGAUGGACAGACCACGAUGUGCAGAUUGAGCGGGAGCGCCAUGCGUUCCUGGAUCUGACAGACAAACGAAACCUGUUCUUUGUUUAUACUACAUGA